CACAAUCCGAUCGUAUGUCAAAGUUAUAUUUGUAAAAGUACCUUUACUUUUAGGUAAAGUUACGUAAGGAAAAAGUUUUAAUAAAAAAGGUUCUAAUAUCUAUAAAAAUGUUUUUUGACAAAUUUUUAAAGUUCCCAAAAUUGUUGUCAGUUAAAGCACAAGACGAAGAAGAGGGACAAGAAGGUGGUGGUGAAGAAGAGGAAGAAGUUGAGCUAGUAGAUCCUCAAGAAACCUUACGGGAACAAUGCAAAGCAAAUGCUCAUUGUUUAAAAUUAGCAGAAAAAUACCAAGCAUGUAAUGAUAGAGUUAAUUCCAAAUCACACACUACAGAAACGUGCGUUGAGGAAUUAUUUGAUUUAAUGCAUGCUGUAGACCACUGUGUUUCUAAAGACCUUUUUAGCAAGUUAAAAUAAAAUUUUAAGGUUAAAAAAUGUUUGAUGUUUCAAAAUAGGCAAAUAAUUUAGUGGAAAUAAAUAUAUACUUAUGAA